AUUCAGUUAAAUAUGAUUAUAGAAUCGCUGAACGAAUAUUUAGAAACUGUAGCUGGAUAAUUUGAUGAUGAUAAAGUGGUAACUUACAAAUGGUUAAGUAAAGAACUGGAAGUUCAUGUUGAUAUGGCCAAGCAAAUUUUAUGGAAGUUCUGGCAACAAUACAAAGAAGAGAAAAGUUUUGAUUGUACUUUCUUAUUGAUGGGCAUUUUACACGAUGAUGGCAUGCGUGUUGAAGUUGUUAAAGAAAAGGAUUUGGCUACAGCCAAAGAGAAAUAUGCUAAAAUUCUAUCCGAACAUAUUUACAGCCUUCAAAAGGCACUUGCUAAAGUACAGUUACUGGAAAUGACAGAUGAUGGAGAUAUCAGAUAUAGUGCAAUUAAAUGUAUCGAAAGUAACGAACGCAGUAACGAGGAAAUGCAUAUAUUACGCUGGGGUGCAAAAUAUGAAGUACAGCCUGUUUCCGAAGAAAAAAUAAACUAUGUACCCGAACCGGUCAAAAUGAAAGAAGAAAUAAGCCCAGAGAAAAAAUCAAUGGAUAAAAAGAAAAAUGCUCAGAAGAAAGGCUUUAAUAGUCUUUUUGGGAAAGUUGCUAAUAAGCAGAAAACUAUUUCAACAUUGUCUGACACAAAGAAAGUAGAAACAGAUUCUACAAAGCAAACAUUGUCAAAGGAAGAUGUACCCAAACCACAGAAAAAGAAUGCACAAGGUGGGCUCAGUAGCUUUCUUCAACAAAAUAAAAUUGAAGAAAUUAAAAGUACAGCAUCUCCAGAAUCUAAAACAAAUACCAGUUGUGUAUUAAAAGAUAUUACAGAAAAAGAAAACUAUUUAGAAAAUAAGAAAGAACGAAAAAAUCAACACGGGAAGAAACGUAAUCGAAGUAAGGAUGUUAGUUCUGCUGCAAAAAGACGAAAACGCAUUACAAUCCAGAGUGAUUCCAGCGAUACGGAUGAUAAAGAAGAAAAUGUGGAACUGAUAUCUGAUGAAGAAAAAAAAGAAUCUUCACCUGAAACUAUUCCUUCUGUAAAAGUACCUUCUGAUACUCCACCGCAGGCCAAAGUUGAAAACGGAAAACGUAAAGUUUUGAAAACAGUAGAUCAAACGUUUGAAGAAGAUGGCUUUCUUGUAACAAAAAUGCAUGUUUAUGAAAGUUGUUCCGAGGAUGAAUCAGAAGUUUGUAGAAUCAAAGAAACUGUAGUACCUGAACCACGUCCAGAAAUAAAAGGGAAGAAAAAUAAUAAACAAACAACUCUAAUGAACUUUUUAAAAAAGUAUAACAUAUUUAUAAUUUAUACUGAGUAUGUACUUUUUUUUUUUUAAUUUAGAGAUGAUAUUGCGUAUAAAGUAUUAAUAAAAAUUACUAUUUUACAAGUAGUUUAUAUAAUGCUUAUAAUCAUCUCUGUAUAUUUUAUCUGUAAACUGAAAUUAUCUGAUUCCAAGUAUGAUGUAGGAUGAAAUAGAUACACAUUCACUUGCCAAGUUUAUCAGAUAUGUUAUCACUGAAACCGAACGCAUGUUACACCCUAAAUAUGAGUAAUAGUAAUCGUACUGUAACUGUUGCAAGUGGUUAAUGUGUAUUAAGUUAUAAUAUAAUGAGAACAUAAUGAAGAAUAUAAUGUUAUUCAUUUAUAUUUAAUUGGAUUUUAUAUUUAUGUAUAACACAACGUUCUGACGUGUGAAAAUAUGUUCAACAUGUUUGUGUUUAACUGCAAUAAACGAAGGGCCUAUUAUUGAUUGCCAUGGAAAAGAUUUGGAAAACAAUGAUAUGCUAAUUGUUGAUUUACUAACAUUAAAUGGAUAUCGAU